AUGGUCCAUGCGGAUGCAUCCAACUUUGAGGCUGGCGUCAGCAAAUCUGCAGCCUACGAGCAGAUAAUCGAGCAAGCCAAAGCAUUUAAUACAGCAAAUGCAGCAGCGCUGUUGUGGCAUGCACUCCACGCCGCACCGCAUCCAAGCAAUAGAGUCAACUGGGCUGGCUUCUACGUCUCAGACCCAUUCCAGCAGGACCAGUUGAUCCUCGGGCCAUUCCAAGGCAAGGUUGCUUGUCAGACAAUCAAGUUCGGCAGAGGUGUGUGUGGAGCAGCCGCAGCCUCACAGCAGACGCAGCUCGUUCCCGACGUAGAGGAAUUCCCUGGUCAUAUUGCUUGCGACGGCGAGUCUGCGAGUGAAAUUGUGGUUCCAAUUGUCCGCGAUGGCAAACUGGUCGCCAUCAUUGACCUUGAUUGCGCUGUGAAGGGGGGCUUCGAUCUGGAAGAUCAGAAGUAUCUUGAGGAAUUUGCACAGAUCAUUGCUGAAGCCUGCGAUUGGUGA